UCAAUUCUGCAAGUAGUUCUAAUUUACUAUCGCUGUUCUCUAGCUGGUCUAAAACCGAUUUUGACCUAAAGGAAAGCUUUUUGGACGCCAUGGACAUUUCUCAGUUUCAAGGCAGAAAGAACAGUAAAAAUGCAGGCAGGGCACAGGACAAAGCACUACGGAUAAAAUUAAUGUUUUGCAUUGUGAUUUUAGUGUAUUUAGUGAAUGUCACUUUUUCACAUUUUUAAAUUUCCCGCCGUUCUGUCCCCCGUACGUCCCAACGUCGCAGGGAAUGGAACCCAGAAGACAGAUGCUGGCAUCGGCCGGAGGACAUUGCCGGGACACUGCAGGAGGGACAU